AUGUCGAGCGACAGCAGCAGGCCCUGGACGACAGUCAAGCCCGACGGCGCCCUCCAUGGGCCCCGCCUGUGGCUCGUCGUCGGCGGGAUGAUGCUCGGCGUCUAUCUUGUCGGGUUGGAUAUGAACAUGCUUGCAACUAUCAUACCUCCGUUGACUGAUUAUUUCGGCACCAUCAAAGACGUCUCAUGGUACGGCGCCGCGUACACGCUGGCAGUCUGCGUCUUCAUCCCUCCCGUAGGCCGCAUCUUCACGCUGUUUUCCACCAAGCACGUCUACCUGGCCGCGCUGGCCAUCUUCGAGGUCGGCAGCAUCGUCUGCGCCGCCUCCACGUCCAGCCCGGUCUUCAUCGUCGGCCGCGCCAUCACCGGCGUCGGAUCCGCCGGCAUGCUGAGCGGCGCCCUGCUCACCAUCUUCGCGGCCUGCGCGCCGUCCAUCCGCCCCGUCGUCACCGCCUGCGCCAUGUCCAUGAUCUCGGUCGGCUCCAUCACCGGCCCGCUCAUCGCUGCCGCGCUGGCCUCCCGCGUCUCCUGGCGAUGGUGCUUCUGGAUCUUCCUCCCCUUCAGCGGCGCCAUCACAGCCGCGACCCUACCGAUCGCGAUCCCGGAGCAAUCCGCCAAACCGCCGCUGGCCGAGGCCUGCCGCGGUCUGCACCGCAAGCUGGACCCCGUCGGCGCCGUCGUCUUCGCCGGCCUCGCCACCAUGCUGCUGCUCAGCCUGACCUGGGGCGGCGAGCGGUUCGCCUGGUCGUCGCCGACCGUUGUCGGGCUGCUGUGCGGUGCGGCGGGCCUGCUCGGCGUGCUGGCGCUGUGGAUCGCGCGGCGCGGCGCCGACGCGCUCAUCCCCCCUGCCUCGCUCCGCCGACGGUCUGUGGCGGUUGGGAGUGUGGUCAUGUUCCUCCAGGGCGGGGCUACGCAGGUGGUGCCGUACUUUUUGCCUUUCUGGUUUCAAGCAGUCCGCGGCGACUCUCCGGUAACUAGCGCCGUGCAUAUGCUGCCGUCCUUGGUCUCCAACAUCGCCGGUCUGAUCGCCUUUGGCGCGCUUGUCCGCCCGUCCCACUACAUCCCCCCGUGGGCCAUCACCGGCAGCGCACUGGCGAGCAUCGGAUCCGGGCUCUUGAGCAGCUUCACCCCCGUAGCCACAACGGGACAGUGGAUCGGGUACCAGAUCGUGACCAACCUUGGCCGGGGCCUUGCCUUCCAAGUGCCCGUAGUGUCCGUGCAGGAGGACCUGCCCGCCGAGGAGACCGCCACUGGCCUCGCGGUCGUCAACCUGUUCAUGAACCUCGGCAGCGCCGUCGCCGUCUCGGUCGCCCAGUCCGUCUUCCACAGCUACCUGCCCGGUCUGCUGCGCCGGCAUGCCCCGGGCGUGGACCCCGCGGCGGUCCUGGGAGCUGGCGCGACCAGCGUCAGGGGCCUGGUGCCGCCUGCGCAGCUGCCGGGGUUGUUGGUGGCGUAUAACGAGGGAUUGACGCUGAUGUUUUACCUGCCGGCGGCCUGCUCCGCUCUGGCUUGCCUGGUCAGUUUUGGGCUCAGGUGGGACAGGGUCGGGGCAGCAGGUGACAAGAAGGAUGUGGAAACGCGAGCCGAGAAGGAGCCGGAUGGGUUGUCUGUUGCAGGGGGGAGCGCGAUGGAGGGCAAACAAACACCGAAGAGCGGUGACAAUGUAACCGUGUUGAGCCUCUGA